CCUGGAUGCCAGCGUUGGCGUGACGAAUCCGGCUUCCUCUUCUUCUAUAAAUUAAACACUCAAAUUCACUUCCUAUCCAAUCCGCCCUUUUUAUCAUCAUCAAUCUUUUCUUGUUGAAACGCUUCAAAAAAGAAAAAAAAAAAGAAUCCUUCAAGAUGCAGAUUUUCGUGAAAACCCUCACAGGAAAGACCAUCACUCUGGAGGUGGAGAGCAGCGACACAAUAGACAACGUGAAAGCCAAAAUCCAAGACAAGGAAGGAAUCCCACCAGACCAGCAACGUCUCAUCUUCGCAGGAAAACAGCUCGAAGACGGCCGCACCUUAGCCGAUUAUAACAUUCAAAAAGAAUCAACCCUCCACCUUGUCCUCCGUCUCCGCGGUGGCAUGCAGAUCUUCGUCAAAACCUUGACGGGAAAGACCAUUACUCUUGAAGUUGAGAGCAGCGACACUAUUGAUAAUGUCAAGGCAAAGAUUCAGGACAAAGAAGGAAUUCCCCCAGAUCAGCAAAGGCUAAUCUUUGCUGGAAAACAGCUUGAAGAUGGGCGUACUUUGGCUGAUUAUAAUAUCCAGAAAGAAUCAACACUUCACCUUGUGCUUCGUCUCCGUGGAGGUAUGCAAAUUUUUGUUAAGACCUUGACGGGAAAGACCAUUACCUUGGAGGUAGAAAGCAGUGACACAAUCGAUAAUGUCAAGGCGAAGAUUCAAGACAAAGAAGGGAUUCCACCAGAUCAGCAGAGGUUGAUUUUCGCAGGAAAGCAGCUUGAAGAUGGAAGGACUUUGGCUGAUUAUAACAUUCAGAAGGAAUCAACACUUCACCUUGUGUUAAGGCUUCGUGGAGGGAUGCAGAUUUUUGUUAAGACUUUGACUGGAAAGACUAUUACUUUGGAGGUGGAGAGUAGCGAUACUAUUGAUAAUGUUAAGGCUAAGAUUCAGGAUAAGGAAGGGAUUCCUCCUGAUCAGCAGAGAUUGAUUUUUGCUGGGAAGCAACUUGAAGAUGGAAGGACCUUGGCUGAUUAUAAUAUCCAGAAAGAGUCUACUCUUCACCUUGUCUUGCGUCUGCGCGGUGGUUUUUAAGUGUGGAAUUGGAAUUGGAAUUCCAUGAUUGGGGUUUCUAUUAUGUGUGUUUGUUUUCUGGAGGGCCUAAUUGGUCUUUCUGUUUAUCCUGGAUGUAAUGCUUUAGUUUUCGUUCAUUAAAUAAAAAAGUGCAGUUUUUUCUCCGUC